UAUUCUUGGGCAUUGAGUUUCCGGGCUUCUUUGAACUAUGCCCAAAGUAGUGUCCAGAUCCGUAGUCUGCUCCGACACCCGGGACAGGGAGGAAUAUGACGAUGGCGAGAAGCCCCUCCACGUCUACUACUGUUUGUGCGGCCAGAUGGUCCUGGUGCUGGACUGUCAGUUAGAGAAGUUACCCAUGAGGCCCCGGGAUCGAUCUCGUGUGAUUGAUGCUGCCAAACAUGCCCAUAAGUUUUGUAAUACAGAAGAUGAGGAAACUGUGUACCUCCGGAGGCCUGAAGGCAUUGAACGACAGUACCGGAAGAAGUGUGCAAAGUGUGGACUACCACUCUUCUACCAGUCCCAGCCCAAGAACGCUCCCGUCACCUUCAUUGUGGAUGGAGCAGUGGUCAAGUUUGGCCAGGGUUUUGGGAAAACGAAUAUAUACACUCAGAAACAAGAGCCUCCCAAGAAGGUGAUGAUGACCAAACGGACUAAAGACAUGGGGAAGUUCAGCUCUGUCACUGUGUCUACUAUUGAUGAAGAGGAAGAGGAGAUUGAGGCUAGGGAAGUUGCUGACUCCUAUGCACAGAAUGCCAAAGUGAUUGAGAAGCAGCUGGAACGCAAAGGCAUGAGCAAGAGGCGGCUGCAAGAGCUGGCUGAACUGGAAGCUAAGAAAGCUAAGAUGAAGGGGACCUUGAUUGACAACCAGUUCAAGUGACCAGGGACUUUCUCCAAGCUCAGACUGAAGACAGGCACUUAGGGCAGGAGGAAAAAGCGCUUUUUCUUGACGACAUGGACUGGUUCCUACUUUUCAUGCCCCAGCCGAAGGCUUCACUGUGCUUUCUGUUGUUUCUUCUCCAGUCCGUGAGGUCUUCAGCUGAGUCCAUUUGACCUGCUUGCAGCUAGAGAGGGUGGGUGAGAGUACAAUUCCAGGAGAUGGCUUUUUCUAAAUCUUUCUGUAUAUAGGUUUUCUGUACUGUUUUAUGGAAAGCAUGGUGGUAUAGUGGUUAAGUGCUACGGCUGCUAACCAAAAGGUCGGCAGUUCGAAUCCACCAGGCGCUCCUUGGAAACUCUGUGGGGCAGCUCUCUGUCCUAUAGGGUCACUAUGAUUCGGAAUCAACUCGAGGGCAGUGGGCUGGGUACUGUUUUGUCUACUGCGCAUUUGAUUUAAACUUCAACCAUGUAAAAACUAUAUGUUUGAAUGCUUUAGUUUCUAAAGUGGCUGAUUUUAUUCCUUCUUAAAAAUUAAUAAAGUAAUGAUUUUUGAAAAGAACACUCUGGCAUAUCAGAGAAAAGCAGCAUGCAUUAUAUUUAAAGUUAUAGCAAGUCAUCCUUUUAAGUGACUUUGUAUCUCUUUGUUGUUAGUAUGGCAAACACUGGCUAUGGUUAAUUGAAUAUUUCCGCAAUCAGGAAAUCCAGGAACAUCCAGAUUCCAUAAAAAUCCGGAAUCUGCAUAAAACUUUCUUUACUUCAAACUGUAAAGCUGUAGGUAAACCAGCCCCUGUCAUACCUUAGGAAAACCAGAUUGGAGGAGAUUGGGAGUAGGAUAGCUCAGCUCUGAAUGAAAAUAGGGUCUCAAUAAGCAACCCAAGGGAGCUGCCUUCCUGUCACACAACUAAGAGUGCUGCUUCCAUAUGUGGGUACGGGGGAGGGCGAUAUUACAGAUUACAAAAUGAGACUGAGAUAAGCAAAGGAUCUGUCGGGAGUCUUUUAUUUCGCAUUUGCUAUUCAUGGAGAAGUGUUGUAUAUAUAAAUAUUUUAUGUCGCUCUGCAUCAGUGAUAUCAAUAUGUAGUUUAUAUUCAUGUUUUCAUCUGUCCACCUGUAUUACAGGGUGUUGGGACAGGAAGAGUGAUUUAACCUCCUUGGAUUAUGUACAGUGGUUUGCAUGUAGUACGUGCCCAAUGCAUGUUUGUAAGGUGCUGCUGGGAAACAGUACAGCAUUUUUAUGAUUUCCUUAUUUGAAAGGAAAAGUGGUUAGAGUAGGGGUAGGUGUAAGGUAGCGAGAACUGGGAAAAAGGAGGGUGGGGGUCCUGGAAAGGCCCAGGGUGGGACUGUGUCACCACCUUCUCACUUAUCCUCCUGCAUUCAAUGAGGUCUUUGCACCUGAAGGUUCCUCUUCACCUCGUUUCCUGUCAUUCUGACAGAUAAUUGACCAUUAUGUGGAUGACCAACCAUUGUCGAUGUUGUUAGGUGCCAUUAUGGAUUGAAUUGUGUCCCCCCAAAAUGUGUGUCAGCUUGGCCAGGCCAUUAUUCUUGUAUUAUGUGGUUGUCCUCCAUUUUAUGAUCUGGUGCAAUUAUCCUAUGUGUUAUAAAUCCUAGCCUCUAUGCCUGUGGUUGUGAUCCGACUUGGGAGUGAGCUGUCUGUUAUAUUAAUGAGGCAGGAUUAGAGGCAGUUCGGUUAAUGAGGCAGGACACAAUAUACAGGAUUAUGUUGUAUUUUGAGUCAAUCUUUUUUGAGAUAUAAAAGAGAGAUGUGAUCACAGAGGAGAGGGACCUCAUGCCACCAAGAAAGAAGUGGUGGGAGUGGAGCAAAUCCUUUGGACCCAGGGUCCCUGUACUGGGAAGUUCCUAGACCAGGGGAAGACUGAUGACAAGGACCUUCCCCCAGAGCUGACAGAGAGAGAAAGGAUUUCCCAGGAGCUGGUGCCCUGAAUUAGGACUUCUAGCCUCCUUGAUGGUAAGAGAAUAAAUUUCUGUUUGUGAAAGUCAUCCACUUGUGGUAUUUCUACUAUAGCAGCACUAGAUGACUAAGACAGGUGCCUUCGAGUUGGUUCCAACUCAGAGCGACCCUAUGUGCAACAGAACGAAACACUGCCUGGUCCUGCACCAUCCUCACAAUCACUGCUGUGUUUGAGCCCAUUGUUCCAGCCACUGUGUCAAUCCACUCAUCUGUCAGUUUGUCGUACUGUGAUGGCUUGUGUGUUUCGGUGAUGCUGGAAGCUAUGCCACCAGUAUCUCAAAUACCAGCAGAAUCACCCAUGGUGGACAGGUUUCAGCAGAGCUUCCAGACUAAGACAGACUAGGAAGGAGGACCUGGCGAUCUACUUCCAAAAAAAAUUGGCCAGUGAAAACCUUAUGACCAGCUAUUAACCUCCUCACAAUUCCUUAACCUCAGCUCCAGUGACCUUUACCAUCACUCUGCUUUAGCCCAAAACUCCUGUAACCACAGCCUAGAUCUCGUCUACAUUACCUCUGAAAUCCAAUAUUCUGUUCCCUGACCGCAACCUUCUAUCUUUGCUUCUCUUGUACUCUCACUUCCACUAGACCUUUUCUGUUGUUUUUUAUUUUCAAGAGUGGCUAUUUCACUGGUAGUGAUAAAAAAUAGUCGUAGCAAUAACAUCAGUAAUAAUCCUGGCUGCUUUUUAAUGAGAACUUACUAUGUGUUAAGUGCUGGACAAAGUACAGGGAUUAUCUUAAUCUAAACAAUGUGAUAGUCCUAUGAAAUAGGUUUAACUGUUUUCAUUCUCACUUUGUAAAUGUGGACUCUAAGGCCUAGAGCUUAAGCUUCCUAAGAUCCCAUAGCCAGUAAGUGAUAAAGCCAAAAAUCUGACUAUAGAACCUGAGCUCAUAACCACUGUACUGAACUGCCUCUUUGUGUGGGAUUUUAAAAAUAUGUAUUACUGAGAACAGAUCACAGUUUUGAUUUGAGAAACCAAGUAAAAUGCAAUAUAAAGACACUUGCAUAGAGGUUACCUUUGUACAUAUUUUCUGAAAUAUUUGUCCUUAGAUACUAAUCCUGAACUAUUUCAACUUCUGGCUUAGAUUAUGCAUUUUGCUUCAUCUACAGAACUGCAAAAUAUGAUGUCAUUAGCACCAAACAAGCAUGUGUGCUCUUCAUUCUGUUUUCUUCAUAUUGAAAUAGUUAUUAAAAUAACAUGAUAGUUUCUGUCAAUGUAUUGUUUUAUUGUUAGUAUAAAGAGCUGUAUUGAAAUUUUGGAGUCUUAUUAUUUUUCUUUUGUUUGUACAAAUUAUCAACUGUGAUAAAAUAUUAAAAUGUUGUAAAAUGUUCCCACUGUAAUAAAGUUACACUUCAAAUGUCAUCAGUCUUUGUUUAAGAGAAAUCGA